UAGCCCAAGUGCUGAAUUGACUGUUACUGGCUGGGAGAUUUCCUGAAGAGCCAUGAAGGCCUGGUUGCUCCUGGUCACUUCGUUUCUUCUCUGGCCAGGCUGCUCUUCUCAAAAUGAAUGUGAAGAACCAGAUGAGAUUGACUUUGGGGAGGUUGUGAGCUCUGAGAAAGCCAAGUACCUGGAAAAUGACCAAGUGCAAUACAGGUGCGACCCUUCCUACGUCUUGGAGGGACCUGAAUGGAUUCAGUGUAAUGGACAAGAAUGGACCCCUCGCCCACCAAAGUGCUUGGCACCCUGCAGUAUCUCAAGGCGACGGCUAGCAGCAAAAAAAUUGUUUGUGUUUGGGAGUCAAAGAAAAGCUCGGCUUAUUCAAAGUAAUCAGAGCCUCCAAUUUCAGUGUGAUGAAGGAUAUGUGCUUGUGGCUCCAUCAGUCAGAAAGUGUGUUGACGGUUACAUGGAUUUCCCAUUAUGCAUCUCUGAAACAGGAAAAAACUGCGAGGAUCCACCCAGGAUUGAGAACGGAAACAUUAUUCCUUUAUCUGAGCAGCAGUACAGAUCUGGCUCUUCAGUAGAAUUCAGAUGCCAAAAGAAUUACAUCAUGGAAGGCCAGAAGAGAUCUUUUUGCAAUGAUGGGGCCUGGACAGAAGCCCCCAAUUGCCUCCAUAAGCAGAAAUGAAAGAGAGCCUUGUGCAAUGAAAGACACACCCUUUGGCUCAAGUUUCAUGGCUCAAGUAGUGCAAAAGCCUGAGACUUUUCCCAAAAGGCUGCUCUUUCGUUAAUGAAGG